UCCGUGUCAGGCAGGGAGAUGUGUUGCUCGGAGCCGCGCUGGGUGUCUGUCGCCUCAGAUUGAAUUUCAGCGCGCCAGCAGUCGGGUUUCUCUGCGGGAGAUCAGGUUUAAAACGCGCCCGCUGCCUCUCGCUCCUCUCCCUCCCUCGGCGCUGCUCUUUUCCUUCCGUCCACAGCUCCACACUUUGGGUGGAAGUUUUCCCCGGCAGAGCUGGUCCACCGUCCGCGGUGCGCUCGGAGAGUCGGAGGCAUGAGGCGACAUUAGGCGCAACUGAACGAGAGAAGAAGGAGAGAGGAGCGCAAGGCGAGGGGAAUAAAAGGGUCUGACUUAACCAGGACUGGAACCAGGGACGACGUCCAAGGGAGCCUGGGUGCAACAGUGGAACCUCCUCCUUGAGAGAACUUUUCUCCUCUGGAUGUUAUGGCUGAAAUGCAGAAUCCGCCGGGCCUGCUGACUAUGCCCCGGAGCCCCACUUCUAGUGAGGAUGAGAUGGCCCAGAGCUUUUCCGACUACUCCGACGACUGUGCCUCCGACAGCUCCCGCGAAGAGACCAUUUACGAGACCAUAAAGGCCACCGCCGAGCCACCUCAGAACCACAUGGACGACAUUCACAUAAACACGCUGGUCAUCCGUGUCCUCAUCCCCGACCUGCAGCAGACGCCGUCUCCCGUCCUAGCACACCGCUCUUGCAUCCAGAUGGAGACCCAUCUUUUCAGCGCUUAUCUUGCUAAAGAUUCAAAGAUUGGACACAAUGGCGGACUUGAGAAAUGCAUGCGGUUCAACCCGGAUGCGACGGUCUGGGUUGCCAAGCAGCGGAUCCUGUGUACCCUUAAUCAGAGCCUGAAAGACGUGCUCAACUAUGGGCUUUUCCAGCCAGCUAGCAACGGGAGGGACGGCAAGUUCCUGGAUGAAGAGCGCGUCCUUCGAGAGUACCCCCAGCCAAUCAGCAAGGGUGUCCCGUCUUUGGAGUUCCGUUACAAGAGCAGAGUCUACAGGCAGCCCAAUGUGGACGAGAAACAGAUUGCCAAGCUUCAUACAAAGGCCAAUCUGAGGAAGUUCAUGGACCUCAUCCAGCAUUAUCAGGUGGACAAAGUGUCUAAGUUGUUGGAGAGAGGCUUCGAUCCCAACUACCAUGACAGUGAGACUGGAGAGAGCCCGCUGACAUUUGCAGCUCAUCUGGACAAUGUGGUGGAGAUAAUUAAGGUGCUGAAGAACGGAGGAGCUCACCUGGACUUCAGAGCCAAAGAUGGCAUGACUGCCCUCCACAAAGCUGCACGCUCCAAAAACCUGGUUACACUCACGACGCUGCUGGAGUUAGGAGCUUCACCAGACUACAAGGACAGCCGUGGUUUGACUCCUCUGUAUCACAGCGUGGUCGUGGGAGGAGACCCGGGCUGCUGCGAGCUCCUGCUGAACCACCAUGCUGUCGUCUGCUGCCAGGACGAGAACGGCUGGCAUGAAGUUCACCAGGCUUGUCGUCAUGGUCAUGUGCAGCACCUGGAGCAUCUGCUGUUCUAUGGAGCAGACAUGGGGGCCCAGAAUGCCUCGGGAAACACUGCUCUACACAUCUGUGCCCUAUACAACCAGGAUAACUGUGCCAGAGUGCUGCUUGUUCGUGGAGCUGACAAAGAAGUGAAGAACUACAACAGCCAGAGUCCAUUUCAGGUCGCCAUUAUUGCUGGAAACUUUGAGCUCGCUGAACUCAUCAAGAACCACAAAGAGACAGAUAUAGUGCCUUUCCGCGAGGCUCCAGCCUACUCCAAACGCCGCCGGGGUCUGUCUUCUGGCAACGGCAGCGGAAACGAUCAGUCCCCGUCCUCGUUAUCAGCGCCACGGGUCCUCCUGCGCUCCAACAGCGACAACAACCUAACAGUCGGUCAGUACCAGCAGCAGCACGGUUCUCCUGGAAACUGGGCCCCCCAUCUGCAGCAGCACCAACAAGCCCAGCCCCACCUGCACAGGGCCCCCCAGCAGGGUCACUCGCAGCCUGGCUCCUCAGCAUUGCAUCGCAGCCUGUCACCCCAGCUGCUCCAGCAGAUGCCCAGCGGCAGCCCCAAUGGCAACGUGGUGGUCCGGACCAUGGGGAGGGGGGCAAGGAGCCGGUCGCCCUCCCUCAGCCGGCUGGGGGAGGAGGCACGACGGGCUCUACCUUCACAGCGCCAGCCAAGUCCCAGCAGUCAUGGUGAGGCAGUAGGCACCAGAAGGAAGCUGUACAGCGCGGUUCCUGGGCGACAUUUUGUGGUGGUUCGUCCUUACACCGCCCAGGCCGAGGGAGAGAUCAACCUCUACAAAAGCGACAGGGUCAAAGUUCUAAGCAUCGGAGAGGGAGGUUUCUGGGAGGGCAGCGCCCACGGCCAGGUGGGCUGGUUUCCAGCCGACUGUGUGGAGGAGAUCCCGGCCAAGGCCACCGAUGAGAGGAGCUAUUCCCGAGCGGACCGCGCUGACAGACGGAAGCUCUUCAGACACUACACUGUGGGCUCCUACGACAGCUUUGAUGCCUCCAGUGACUGCGUGGUGGACGAGAAGACGGUGGUGCUCCAGAAAAAGGAGAAUGAGGGGUUUGGCUUCGUCCUGCGAGGGGCCAAAGCCGAUACGCCCAUUGAGGAGUUUACUCCCACACCUGCCUUCCCCGCUCUGCAGUACCUGGAGUCUGUGGAUGAGGGAGGAGUGGCAUGGCAGGCGGGGCUCAGGACGGGGGACUUCCUCAUCGAGGUAAACCAGGAGAAUGUGGUGAAGGUGGGCCACAGACAGGUGGUUAACAUGAUCCGCCAGGGAGGCAACCGGCUCCUGAUCAAGGUGGUGACAGUGAGCCGGAAUCUGGACCCCGACGACACAGCACGCAAAAAAGCUCCUCCACCACCAAAGAGAGCCCCCACCACAGCCCUAUCUAUGCGCUCCAAGUCGAUGACCUCUGAACUGGAGGAACUUGUGGAUAAAGCCACUCUAAGGAAAAAGAAAGGUGACAAAGUCGAAGAAAUGUCACAUGCCCAGAAGACCUCGCCUGUUGAUAUGAAGAUUGCCACAAUCAAACCACGCCCAUCCAGUCGCUGUUUGGUUACGGCAGCUGAUAUGAAUUCUAUGUAUCAUGACCGCCAGGGAGUAGCAGUGGUGCCACCCACUGUGCCAGGGGCCUUCCUGGGGAUACCUGAGAAGGGCACUAUGAAAAAGCAAAAGUCCAUAGGUACAACGGAGGAUGAGAAACAGGGAUUCCUCACACCUCCCCUACUCAAGUUCUCUCGCAGCCUCUCUAUGCCUGACACCUCAGAGGACAUCCCUCCUCCCCCAGCCAUUUCACCCCCUUCGCCACCUGCCUACAACUCAGCUGCUGGCCCUAUACCCAAGAGUUACGGCACCACACGGCCCAGCUUCACCCAGAACUCACCUAAUGCAGUAACGACCAUUAGCCGAACCACUGAUGUUGGCACGUUAAGGCGUGGGUAUUUCCGCCAGAGCUCGGAGCAUUUUGAGAGCACACGCACCCGAGGGCGCACGCCAGUGCCGGAGAAUCCAUACUCUGAGGUGGGCAAUAAGACACUGUAUGUGCCAGCAAAACCAGCUCGAAGGAAGGGCAUGCUUGUAAAGCAGCCCAAUGUUGAGGACAGCCCAGAGAAAACAUGUCACAUGCCAGCAAGCCCCUCUGGCCCAGUUUCCAUGCCCACCACGCCUGUAGAACGAACGUGCUCCUCCAUCCCCAUCCCCACCAUCAUCGUUAAGGAGCCCUCCACCAGCAGCAGUGGCAAGAGCAGCCAGGGUAGCAGUAUGGAGAUUGAGCCCACCACUCCUGAACACCCACCCCUCACGCCCACUGUUGGUGGAAGUGGAGGUUUGCGUCCUGAUGACCUGUCUCUAAGCAACCCCUUUGCAGCAGCAAUUGCCGGGGCGGUACGGGACCGGGAGAAGAGGCUAGAGGCAAAAAAGCACUCAAUUGCCUUCCAGUCAAUAGACAUAGGGGAUGAUGAGUUCAGUAGUCCCACACCAACCCCUCGCCUUCGCCAGUCAAAGUCCAUUGAUGAAGGCAUGUUCAGUAGCGACGAGCGGCUUCGAAGGAUAUUGGCUCCCCCUCCUGCAGCACAGCUCGGGCCUCCUGUUGGGGGUGGUAGUGGCAACAUGACAGAUUUUAACACUCCUGAGCCUACAGUGGUGCGGGAGCCUCUAAACACCAGAACGGGCCAGUGUCCCAACCUGGAUAGUCCUGUUAGUCUCCCAGCAACUCCUCCUAAGAGCCACUACAGGGCCAAUGGGACCUACCUCCAUCCUGUCACCGGCAAGCCCUUGGACCCUAACUCUCCACUAGCUCUGGCCCUGGCAGCUCGUGACCGGGCCAUGAAGGAGCAACAAAACCAUCCUCAGAAUCAGCCACAAAAUCCUCCUCAGGUUCAGCAAACCCCAAAGCAUGAAGGCCAGUCCCUCCCAGUUCAGCCAAGCCACAAACCAGACCUCAACCAACCUCUGUUUAUUGACACCAAACUACGCUCCGGGAUCGAGACCAGUUUUGCUGCAAUCUCUACCGCAACUAUGGGGCGACCUGGCCGAGGCGGCCUGCGGAGGCAGAUGACGGAGCAGAAGUAUGAGUCUGACGGGGCACGGGAAGAACGGCAGCAUCUCGCAGUUGAGGAGAGGAAAAGUGCGCCAGGGGAUGUGGGAGACACAUCACAGCCUAAGUCAACCGGGCUGCUGAUGGUCCACACCAGCACAGAAGCAUGCAACAAGGUGAACAACCAAGAGUCAGAGGGGCAGGACAGCAACAGGCCAUCUGAGCUAAAAGACCCCAACCAACCCGAUCCUCUCAAAGCUCCAACACUAUCUACCAAUCCCCAGCCACCAUCAUCACGGAGGAGGAGCAUUCCUUUAGGCGAGUCCAUGGAUGAACCAGUAAAGCUGCCCUUCCGCAUCCCCCCUCCCCCACUGGCCUCUGUUGACAUUGAUGAGGAUUUUGACUUCACAGAGCCCCUCCCCCCACCGCUGGAGUUUGCCAACAGUAUUGACAUUCCUGAUGACCAGGCUAGUGCCAUUGCCGAGAUGCUUCAGCAACAGAGACGGAAUGGUGGACCUCAUCUACCCCCAUACCAUGCUCACGCCCCACCUCCUGUCACUGAUCAACACAAACGGGUGGUGAACAGUAUGCCCCCCUCAUAUCCUCCUCCUCCGCCUGACCCAGAGUCAGGGGUGGGUGACUCGGGCAUUGAAGAGGUAGACAGCCGCAGUAGCGGGGAUCCUCUGCACAUGGAGACCACCAGCACCGUUUCCAGCAUCUCUACCCUGUCAUCAGAGGGAGGCUUCUGCGACAACACUCUGGAGAGCCUCUAUGCCACUGCAGAUGGGCAUGCCUUCCUCGUGGAUCGGCCCCCUGUGCCACCCAAACCCAAGGGCAAGUCUGUCAUUAACAGAACAUCGCUUUAUCAUGACGCGCUCAUUGAAGAGGCCCCAGAGUCCUAUGGGUCACCCCCUCAGGCUCCUCCCCCUCCCCCUUCAUCCUCUGAACCUCCUAGGACUCCUACUCAAAGGACAUCCAAGCUGUGGGGCGAUCAGCCCCCUGAGCUGCGCAGCCCCCCAUCCACACCAGACUCCAAGAACACUGUUAUCACCGAGCUGAGCUCCAUUCUGCAGCAAAUGAAUCGCGAUAGACCAACCAAGCCAGGAGAAAGCCUGGACUCCCCCACAGGCACCAGGGGGGCCUUCGGAACAAGGCCUCCCGCAGAUGACUCAGGAAUGCGUAACAACGCUGCCGCCGCUGCUGCCCUCGCCUCCACCCCUCCCAGCAGCCUUCCAUCCCAGAUGCACCCCUGCAGCCCGCCAGACUCCGCCUCCUCCCUCACCCCAUGCUCCUCGCUCCCGCCCUCUGUGUCGCCCACCCUCACCGACGUCUUUGGUCUUCCCACGCCGCCCAUGGGCAGCGGCGGUGGUUACAGCCUGAGCUCUUCGUGCGGCGGCAGCGGGAGCUCACGCUCCCCAUCGCCGCUCACUCUGAUGCAGGCGGUGGCGGCCUCGGGCAAGCCCUUCGCCUCCAAACCCAUGGAGCUUUGGAGCAAACACGACGUGGCGGACUGGCUGGAGAGCCUCAACCUGGGGGAGCACAGGGACGCUUUCCUGGACAAUGAGAUCGAGGGCGCCCACCUGCCCUCGCUGCAAAAAGAGGACCUGAUAGACCUGGGCGUGACGAGGGUGGGCCACCGCAUGAACAUCGAGAGGGCCCUCAAGCUGCUGCAGGACAGAUAAGCCCCGAAGAGACGGGGUGGUGACGUGCGGAGUCAGAGCCGAGGAGAGGGAGGUGUUACCGAUCACUUUUACCAAUCUCUUCAUCAGACAUAAUCUCAAGUCGUGGAACUGGGUAGAAGUUUUGUCCAAGCUGAUGCUGCCUCUUGCUGUUUUUGUCCUCUCUCAUCCUCCGUCGCCCUCAUCUCAGCGCUCCGGUCUCGUCCGCCCUCUUCCUCCUUCCCACCGCCCCGAGCAUCAGGGGAUCAUGGGAUGCCGGGCGGAACUGCAGGGGAGAGAGAAGAGAUUAGCUGCUAUGUCACAUCAAGGAGAGAAAGCAGAGGAGGCCAGUAUGAAGGACAACAAAAGAAAACGGAAAACUCUGGUAUAGCGUGUACUCAAACACCGGGAAAAUACUUGUCUGGAAGUUUAUUUCACAUAAAGACUCGUGCUCACCCAACUGCUUUGGAAUACUAAAGACUUUUUCCAUACACCCUGGUGUGGGUGCAUGAAAAGCCAGCUGAGCUGGUCGUUGCUCCUUUUCUAUCUUUGCUAGAGUUUGUUCAGAGAAUAAUAUUUCUUCACUAGAGUCCUACCGGAGUUAUAUUUCUGGGUGCAUCUAAGGUUGUAGAGAAAAAUUUGAGAUAGACUUCCAUUUUUUGCUUUUCACCUGUUUGUGUCAAAAUAAGAACGUGAGCUGACAUGUUAAAACAAAUACUGAAGCGUAUCUCAUGUCCGUGCACAUCCAGACAUAAACACACACUUUAUGCACAGUGCCGCACACCGACAAAUGAGAAGACACACUGUCGUCACAGACACACACACCCUAAGCAUGUCUACACACCGAUACUGCGAUGGCCUUCUUCUCCUGAGAGAGAGCAGUGCGUGGAGAGAGGCGGUCACCGGAGGAGGAGCUCUGCUGUAGCAGGGGCCCCAAUGCCCCUCGCCAGUCUACACCCGCCCGGUGACCCACAACACCCACAACACGGACAGACAAACGUUGGACCAGAAAAAUUCUCACCUUGAAAUGGUUUUAUCAGCUUGUCUGCCCGCAAAGGGCGUCCGUGUCUCCCGGGGCUUUUCCUUCUAGUGUGCGUGUGCGUGUGCGUGUGCGUGUGCGCGUGCACGUGCACGUGCGUGUGCGUGUGCCAGUGGUUGACCCAAAAUAUCAUUAAGGCCAGUUUAGCUAUUGGGAAACUAGAGCUGUUCUUUACUUUUGUACUUUAAUUUCUUCAUUCUGUCAGAUCUCCCUCCACCAUUAGCAGGUCUACGCUUCAUGCGGCCCCGCGGUAAUGCUAAUGUCUCUAACACCCUGUGUGUAUGUGGUAGAACUUGAGCUUUUUUAGAGAGACCAUUUCAAGGUAUGUUUAAAGUUCAACGUUUGGGGAAACACACUUUUAGGCUUUCUUGCUUCGAGUAAGAUGAGAAGAUUGAUAGCACUCCCAUGUCUGCACACUAAAUGUGAUGCUGGAGCGCCAACACAAGUAGCUUAGCAUAAAGAUUGGAGGCGGGGGAAAACAGCUAGCCUGAGUCUGCACAAAGUUUAAGAACAAAGUCUGCCUACCAGCAGCUUUAAAAGUUUCUCAUCUCUUGGUUAGGGAGCUUGCAGAGGCAUUAGCAGGUUUUAGCCACGCUAGCAUGACACUAUGGAGGACUGUUCAGUCGAUCGGUCCACCACUUCGUUCCAGACUGAAGUAUCUCAACAGCUAUUUAAAGACUGCUUUAAAAUAUUGUACGGUCCCCAGAGGAUAAAACCCAAUGGCCCCUGGUGACCCCUCCAUGAGGUCUUGAGUGAAAUGCAUGUAUUUAUAGAUUGCCAUGAAAUUUGGCUCUUGUGUCCCCCUCAGAAUGAAAUGUAAUAACUUUCCUAACGAUCCUUUAACUUCUUCUAGUGCCAUCACCAGGUCAACAUUUCAGUUUGUCUUUAUGAUGAAAUAUCUGUUAAACAUUCCCAUCAGCCUCAGCUGUGCUUUGUGUUUAGUGCUGAUUAGCACAUGUUAAACUAAACGCUAAACUAAGACGGUGAGCCAGGUAAGUUUACCUGCUAAACAUGUUAGCUUUUAGCUCAAAGCACCACAGAGCCUUAUCAUGGCUGUACUCAUUUAAACUUUGGACAGCCGAGCUGUUUUCUCCUGUUUCCUGUCUUAAUGCUAAGUUAAACUAAUCGUCUCCUGGCUCCACAUUUACAUGAGUGAUUUCAAUCAAACCAUCAGCAAGAAAAUUAUUAGUUAUUUCUUGAUAGCAUUUUACUAAAUUUAAAUCAAGUGUCAAGUCCUUUUGGAGCCCUUUUUUUAGUUUUCACCUAUUUUAAAUAACAGAAUUAUGAACAACCUAGUAUUUAAGAACUAAGACUCACAGGUUGAUGUUUAAAGAGCUAAAACUCAAGUUUUACCAGAGAAAUGACGUAUUUUCUAUUUAGCUAAAUGACUACCUGAACAUUUUGUACAUUGUUCUUUGUUGUUAAUUAAAUAAAAAAAGAGCGAAGUGAUUAAAAGACUUGCUAGCGUCAAGAUAACUCGAGCUCAAAUCCAAUCAAACUGCAUGCCAAACGGGAACAGCUGACCUUGAGUGUUCAGAAAGGCGCCUAUAAAUAAAAUGCAUUAUUAUUGAAUUUAUUUUAGCUCUUUCAGAGGUACAAUUUUGUGGUUGGGAACACAGAGUCAAACUCUUUUAGAUGGAAACAGCCUGUGUUAGUGUGUUUUCAGGCUGGACACGCAACACUGCGUUAACAAAGCUCUUGCAGACUGACGCUGGCGGCCGCUGCAGAAUAGGUCUUUGAAGACAAACAAGAGCUUGUCUCAUAAUUGUGCGGAUCAGCAGGUUAAUGCUUUGUAGGGCGACUUCAGCCAGAUGACACGAAAUCUCGCCGAAGCGUUGGCUUUAAGAACAGAUGGGGGAAUCUGUGGCUUCAGGGUUUAUUGUUGAAUUACGUGUUCACGUUAAGUCCACAUGCCUUGUCCUGCCCUCUGACCACUGUGCAAAAAAAAGUAACAAAUAACCAGAGAAUAACCUGACAAAGCUGGCAGAUGUUCAUCAGCGUGAGCCCUGUGAGAUUAGAAGGGACAGAACCAGUUCUGAUCUGUUGCAGAUGAACUUCAGUCUCUGGAACUCAACUCCGGCCUCACUGCAGCUCCAGCAGUAGAGACCAGAUUUAAACUUUGUUAUAAGGGUCCAAUUAAAAACUAAAUCAGCAUUUAUAAAGCUGGAAAUGUAUGUGUGUCUGCUAGCAAUGAUUAUAGGCUGGUGAGAGUAGAAGUACAGUAUGUGUUGAAAUGUGUGUGUGUGUGUGUGUGUAUAUAAGAGUGUUUAACAGGAUAAAAAUGUCUAUUUGAUUAUAUGUGUAGCUCUAUUAAAAGGUUUAGAGUAAAAGAAGAAGUUAUAUGAAGGUUGAUUUAUAGUUGCCAGAGCUGACCUGAGGACCAACGCAGUGGUCUUACCCGCCCCAUCAUCCUGCAGAGGAUGCCUUAAAUAGCUCACUGUCCCCUCUUCUCCACCACCUGCCCCGCUGUCGGUUGAAUCGCUCUAGAAAGAAUAAGAGCUUGUGUUUUUAUCUCAAAGUAGAUUCUUUCAGCGCACACCUCACGUGUGGUUUGAUAUGUGUUCGACAGUAACCCAGCGUCUUGAAAUAUAUAUCGUUUUAGAACAAGUUCACCCUUAUUUGGUUUCAUAUCACACUCCGCAGCUUCAUGUAGGUGCAGCUUUCGAGGAGACGAAAUGAAACCUACACAAGCUCUGUGUUCUGUGAACAUUAGCCGUACGGAGGCUGGCACGGGACAAUGCUGCUAUAAUCCUGUUCCUGUUUGAAACGUGUAACUUAUUUUAAAAACAAACAGCGAAGUGUCGGAGGAGGAGGAGGAGGUCGAAAAGCACAGUAUUUUUAAAGAUUUGUAUAGAGUUCUAUGAAAUUUUAUAGAGGUUAUCUGAACAAAACACUGACGCGCGGAUUGCCAAAAACAGAAAUACUACAUCGAUAAAAACGUGGAUAUCAUUAGACUUAUGGGUUAUGUAAGAAGCAAUAUUUAUUCUGAAUGAAUCUCCUUGGUUGUGUUAAAAUUAUUUAUUUUCCCAUUUUAAAGUUGCAUUUCAUGAUGCGCUCACUUGUUUUAAUGUUGCCUAAGUAGAGACACUCUACUGCAGAAGUAAGAUAUUUUGGUCAAUCAAGUGACCACAAACCCCAGAUAUCUUCUGACGACCACCAUCUGCCUGACUAGACUUCUCUCAUCUGAAAUCCCUGAGUCUAGAGUGUGUGUAUAAAAAGAAUAAAAUCUGUAAAUUUAAAAAAAUAUAUAUCUGUAUAACCGCAGGCCAUCUUGGUAGGAAACUAUAUGAAACCUAUAUAUAUGUAAACAUACAUAAAUCCACCUAGAAGAUCAGCGGUGGCUGCUGAUUCCUUAAUGUGGAUCAACAGGUCACUGCGCACUUUUCUCUGUGGAAAUGUAGAGCUGAGUAGAUGUAGUAGGAAAUCUUUAAAGAGCAUCACCAGGCCAUGUUUAGGACGGGCAUGGCUCACUAACCCACUUCCACUCCCCUUCAAAACACUGCUCCUACCUUUUAUCAUUGUCCAACAUUUGGGUAACUGUUUCUUUUUCUUCUUUUUUUUCUUUCUUUCUUAAUAUUUUUUUUCAUUAAUAGAUUUUUAUUCUUUGAUUAAGUCUUCAUAGAGGCUAAGAUGUUUUCGGUAAUUUGUGCAAAGACUUGUGUUCAUGUUUUCUAUGUUGCUGUAAUUUUGUGCUACUAAAAAUCAUCAUAGAGUCAACUAAUUACUGAAAUGAAAAGAGAGAGAAUUUUCCUGUAACUGCACUCUUCCUUCGCCCCCUGCCCCCUCAAAUCCUCAAGACUUCUUGUAUGGCAACCAAAUUUCACUGUAAGAAAUAAAUAUAAUAUUGCACUAGU